AUGGGAGUGCUAAGGUUCAAGAACAUCAUUUUUGGAAGCUUUUUUGAGUCUAAUGGAGCAUCCCAGAUUGUAUUCAGCUUGCUUCUGAUUCCAUGUUGCUUAACUCGGGAUUUCAGAGCACCCCCUCUUAUCCCCAAUUUGCCUUUCCUCUGGGUGUGGAACGCCCCAACUGAACUCUGUCUUGGAAGGUUUGAUGAGCCACUAGAUCUGAGCCUCUUCUCUUUAAUAGGAAGCCCCCGAAAAGAUGUCACUGGGCAAGAUAUUACAAUAUUUUAUGUUGAUAGACUUGGCUACUAUCCUUAUAUAGAUUCGUCAGGCACAGAUGUGAAUGGAGGAAUCCCCCAGAAGGGUUCCUUAAAAGACCAUUUGGAUAAAGCUAAGAAGGACAUUAUUUACUACAUGCCAACAGACAACGUGGGCCUGGCUGUCAUUGACUGGGAGGAAUGGAGACCCACUUGGACAAGAAACUGGAAACCUAAAGAGGUUUACAAGAAUCGAUCUAUUGAAUUGGUUCAGCAUCAGAAUGUACAACUUACUGUCUCAGAGGCUACCAGCCUAGCCAAGGUUGAUUUUGAAAAGGCAGCAAAGAGUUUCAUGCAAGAGACUUUAAAAUUGGGGAAAUUCCUUCGGCCAAAUCACUUAUGGGGUUUUUAUCUUUUUCCUGAUUGUUACAACCAUGAUUAUAAUAGACCUGAUUUCAACGGAAGUUGUUUAGAAUCAGAAAAGAAAAAAAAUGAUAAUCUCGAAUGGCUGUGGAAGGAGAGUACUGUCCUUUACCCAUCCAUUUAUUUAAACACCAAAAUGAAUCCUCAACAAGCUGUGCUAUUUGUACGAAAUAGAGUUCGUGAAGCCAUUAGGAUUUCCAAACUGCCCGAUAUGGAGAGGCCACUUCCAGUUUUUGUAUAUUCCCGCCUAGUUUUCACUGAUCUAAAUUUCAAAUUUCUUUCUCAGGAGGAUCUUGUGGCUACACUUGGUGAAACUGUUGCUCUUGGUGCCUCUGGAAUUGUAAUAUGGGGAAGCCUAAGUAUAAUGCGAAGUAUGAAAUCUUGCUUGAACCUGGACGGUUACGUGAAGAAUACAGUGAAUCCCUACUUAAUCAAUGUGACCCUAGCAGCCAAAAUGUGUAGCCAAGUGCUUUGCCAGGAGCAAGGUUUGUGUACAAGGAAAGACUGGAAUUCAAGUGACUAUCUUCACCUGAACCCAGAGAAUUUUGCUAUUCAAAUUGAUAAAAGUAGAAAGUACAAAAUAGUGGGAAAACCCACUCUUGACGACCUGCAGCUCUUUUCUGAAAAAUUUCAGUGCAGCUGUUAUUCUAAGUUGAAUUGUAAAGAGAGAGAAGAAAUGAAAGAUGUUAGUUCUAUUAACGUGUGUGUUGCUGAAGAUGUCUGUAUAGAUGCCUUUCUAAACUCAGAAUCCGGUCGUCAUUCUUGGAAGCAAGGUGACUCUGGUGCGAUUUCCCACGAUGCAUCGUCCACACAUUCUGCCAUAAUGAUCUUUGCAAAUAUUUUAUUUCUCAUCAUGAGUUCUUCUGCAGUGGAUUUGUAA